AUAUCUGAAGCAAACACAAUCAUUCAGCAACAUAAAAGAAGGAAAAGUAGAAGAUAAAAAUGACUCGCCCGCCCCUCCCAACCCACCAAACCACCACCCCGGGAUACGACAAACUCGCCACCCUGAUGGCCCUGGACCCGGGGUCCAGCAUCUUCCGGCGGUUUGCCAAGCUCAACGCCAAGAACCUUCUGUACCUCCAGGCGGAGCUGGUAUACCUGCAGACGGAGCUGGACGAAUGUGUCCAGAGAGACCACCGAUCCAGCUCGGACGAGAAGCGCGCCUACGCGUUCUCCGUGUGGCGGCUGCAGGAGUCGCUAGAUCAAUCCGAGGAGGAGUAUCCGUCGCAGUGGCGGAAGGUGCUGGAGGCGCGGGCGCUGUUGAGGGAGUAUAAUGAAGCCCUCCUCCAACAGGCGCAACUCCUCCGCUUUAGUGCCCCGGACCCUAGCGACCUUGAGGUCUUCAAGGAAUGGCUCCUGCGCGAAGAAGCCAGUCACUACCAGAAACUCCGUCCCAUGUACCAGUGGCAUGAAAACGAGUCGGACCUGAUCGCCCUGUGCAGUCGCCAUGAGGGUGCCGAUGCGUUCACGCGCUGGGUGUAUCGAUCCGUCAUUCCCUGGUUCCAUCGGCGCUGGGGGGUGAACGAUCUAAAUCGAAGAAACCACGCCACCGACGUCUGGUACUACAACAACCGCACCAUCAAGAGCCGCACCUACGUGGCCAGCCUGCUGAUUGCGGGGUUUCUGCCGGCCUCGUCCAUGAUUGUGCUGCACUUCCUGCGGAAUACGGCUGCGCGGCUGGUGACGAUCUUCGUCUAUAAUAUGGUGUUUGUCCUCGUUAUGGGGCUGAUGGUGAAGGCGAGAAAGGUGGAUAUCUUCGCGACGGCGACGGCGUAAGUUGCCUUCCUCAUACCUCGGGAUUUUAUCAUUGCUUGGAGGCUUGGGAGACUUUAGGGUUUGGCCUUUGGCAGUGAUUUCUCUUUUCUAUUCUGUGGGUUGGGGGGAGAGUGAUUUGCUGAUCUUUUGUUCUGUGAUAGAUUUGCGGCGGUGCAGGUGGCCAUGAUUACCAAUGGGAACGGGAGUGGAAAUUAAAUGCGACCAUGUAGGAGUUGUUUGGUUUGCUGUAGGAGUGUUCGGAAGAUACUAUGGCUCGAUUGGCG